GUCGUCCGUCGUGCACCCACUAUUGUGCACCCCCUUCGUCACGAUAUUUAUUACGACAGAAGAGGUGGGGCGUGAAAAAGGCGGAAAACUGUUAUUAGUCACAGACAAGGAAGCGUCGAAGUGUCUUUUGUUCGCAAGUUUUUGAUCAGAUACUAAAUCACCUUAUUUUAGAGUUAAAACGUCUCGUUAAGAAAAAUGGAACCAAAUCCCAAAAUUAAUGGACCACUGGACAAGUUUUUCACGAUCAAGAAAGAAAGAGACAACCAGGAUGGGCAAAGCAGUCAGCCUCCUAAUACACAACCUGUUGCAGAGGAAAAGGAGCCACAUGAAACCCAUUCUUUCGAGUGGUGCUCAGGUGACAAGAGACCCACAAACAUUACCUGCGAUGAAGCAGGAACUGUUGAGGUCGUGCUGAUGAGAAGUCUGCAGUUUAGAGAAAUUGCAGAAAAGAACAAGAACAAAGAGCUUGUUAUUGUAAGAGAUGGAAAAGCUAUUAGUUCACACUUUCCAUGCAACUUAAUUGCUUCUAAUGAACGUCUGACUGUCAAGUACAUUAAAGCUGUAGAUAAGCUGAAGCAAUCAGUUACUGGUCCUAUACGUCUCCAGAGAAAGAGGCCAUCUGGCAAGAUUGUGAUGUUUCAUUUACUGACAAAGGGAGGUAAAAAUGUUGUGAAAAUCAUGAGAAACCCAGAACUAAAAAAAGUAAUUCAGGAAAUUACUGUAUACGCAUACAAAGGGGAAAAGGUGAAGCAAGCUCUAAAAAGAGAUGGUCGUUUACUGAAUAUCAUAUUCAAAAAGAACUGUGUGCUUUCUCAAAUGAAAACUGAAGUAACCACGGAAAUGUCCAAUCUUGUUGAUGAUCUUGAUGGCAAAACUUUCCAGAUCAUACUGCUCAAUAAGUCCAGUCCCCCAGAGAGUCAGCCUGGCAGUCUUGAUGAUGCUGACAUGAUACAAAAUGAAUCUCAGAGAUCUGACUCUGAUGGAAACCAAGAUCCUCCACAGCAGUCCACCUCGACUGAGUCAGUGAAAGACAACGAGCCAAAAGAGAAGCCAAAUGGUAAUAUUUCACCAGGCAACAUGGUAUGUGAAAUACCUCAUUCAGAAACAUUGCAGCGUCACCUGUCUUCACAAUUUAAAGAUUGGGUGAAAGGGAUGAAAACUCAGCCAGGUCUGAAGCUUUCUCGUAUCCAGAAUCUCUUCCGUGUGGAGUUUGGAAAGAGUGAUGAGACCUGCAGGGAAGUGAAAACAAUGAAGAAGCUGAUGGAGCUCAGUAAUUCUGUUUGCCAAGUGAGAACAAAGGGAAGGCCAGAAGGAAGUGGCUUUCUCCUAUUUGACAGGUUUGUCCUCACAAAUGGCCACGUAGUUAAAAACAUUUAUAAUGAGAGUACAGAGCAGCUCACUGAGAGGCUCACUGUCCAUUUCUCUUUUGAAAGUCUAGACCAGAUGGAAGAAUCGGCAGCAGAAGUGGAAGAGCUUGUUGGCUUUGAACACUAUCUCGAUAAUUCAGGGCACGAGUAUGACUGGGCUUUGUUGAAGCUUGGUGCCGAUCAGAUGUUGCCUGAUUGUCUGUUAAAACACUUUGGAUUCAUUCCACCAAGAGGUGGAAUUUGCAUUAUUGGGCAUCCUUAUGGCGGUGUGAAAAAGAUAGAUCCAUGCGUGAUUAUUCAGACUGCGAACCGCAACCAGGUUUUGGAGAGGCAUUACCUUGAAAAUCCUCAGGGCGUUCAGGUGGAAGGCAGUCAUUACAAUCGUUCACCCGGGCCCAUUCAGUUGCUUACCAAUGAGUUUUUUCCGCAUGUGGCAAAAUCUGUUGAACAAAGGAGACAGGCUCUGACUUAUGAGUCUUGUUUUUACUUUGGCUCAUCUGGCUCUCCUGUCUUCGAUGAGCACUGUAAUGUUGUUGCCAUGCAUUCAGGGGGAUUUGCCUACAAGAAUGCAAGGGGUCAAAGCCAGAGUGUCAUAGAGUUUGGCCAUCCUUUGUCCGUCAUUCUCGAACGCAUCAUUGUCCAGAUAGUGGAAAGGGAGAAGUUUGACGUGUUGAAGGCAUACCUCACUUGUGAUUAUUCACAUCAGCAAAACAUGAUGACCGGAUUGAAGAGACUGGUUGAGAGCAGAAAUCCCACCUCGUUUAAAAAUGCAGUCAACAAUUCGGUGGUCACAAAUGAUGAGAGUUUGAAGAAGUUCUUUCAAUUCCUCUCUCAGACAGAGGAGCCUGUCCCAAUGGACACUGAUUGACUGUACAGUUACAAAUACAACUGGUGACAGGAGACAGUUAAAGCUUUUUCAGCAGUGAGCAACAAAGGCUAUCGUGUUUUAUUUAUCAGGAAACUUUGGUGUGUGUGCAGGGGCUUUGUCGAAAGAUGUCAUACAAACCAUGUUUUAUUCAUUUAAGCAUAAUCAGUUUUAGGAUAGAGGUGACUAUGUUUUCUCAACAUUCAUUUUUAGCCACAUGUAUCCAUAAAUGCUAAUUUUGUCCAUACUGUAUUAUUAUUUCAACAAAUGUCAAAUGAUUUCUUAAAACUAUCUGUAACUUAUAUUUGUGUGCACUGGUUGAAUUUCCAGAUACAGAUACAUCUGUGUUGGGGUAAACGUCAUCAGAAAAGUAACAAGAAAUUGCAGCGCAGCAGUGCCAAAGAUACAGUUACAUGUUUGGGGCAAUACAGAAACCUUAUUGAGAAACAUUACAUAGUUUGUUCACCAAAAAGCCCUGACUGUUAAGUGUCUUGUUCAGUACAUAUCAUGUUCACAAAGGAGUCAGAAAUGUUUGUUUUUUAUAUAGAGUAUCAGAUUUCAUACCUGAUUUUUACCUGUUUAUCUUCUGUCUUUAAGCUGUUUUUAAGAAAAUCACAUUUGAGAUAUAUAUAUAUAUUUUUAAAAGAACUGUACAAGAUUGGAUAUUGCAAUAUUCUGUCAUUGUGUUCAUACCUUACAUAAGGUCAUAAUAAUAAACAUUUAAUAAUAACGAUUUAUCGAUA